AUGUGUCGUUUUGCGGUACUGUCCGAAAUUUCUAUAACUUUAUGCUACACUAUUUUAUUUUUUUCUUCAGUGGAAAGUGUAGACACCUAUACUGCGAACAGAAAUCAAGGAACAAUUUCUAUCCUUUUGUCAUCUAAUUUCCCAGGUGUUUACCAGUACACAGUGACAUGUGCUCUAUCAAAAUUACCGUCUGCUGCAGAAACGAACGGCGUAUUUACUGAAAUACAACUGUCAAAUUCUAUUCCGAACCGCAGCAUUAUUUUUCAGUGCUACCAGUUUGGACGCGCAGUUCCAUUUAUUUGUUAUGACAAGACUAACUCUAGUAUAUUGUUUUUAAGCAAAAGUUUCAUUCAAUGUAAAGAAGCACCGGUGGUUUCUCUCCGGCCUGCUGUUGUUCGUUUGUUGAAAAAGUCUACGCCUUUCACCCAACAGUUGGGUAUCCUUUUGAGUGACAAUGUGACGGAAUCUCCUGUUGUUGUGACAUGUCAGAAGAAGGGAGAUUCAGAUGUGUCUGUCUCCAUUGCUCCCGUUUCUGUUUUGCCUGGAACAUCAACAGGAGUUAUUUCUGUGUCAAUAACAUCAUUUUCCAGUUCCAAUUCAGUUACUAUCUCUUGUAAAGCACAAUCAAAUAGUGGUAAACAAUAUUUGACAGCAACAUCUGAAGGAGCCAGUUCAAAUAUUUUUUUAAUAGAUGGACAAAUGGGAUUAGAACCUAAUGGUGUAAAUUUAUACAGUCUUAAAUUUCAGGUCUUGUUAUACUUAAAUGCGAUUGGUCGAGAUCUUGAAGUUCUAUGUAGCGUCAAUGUGGCUAAUAAUGAAACACAAGCGAAUAGUUUACUUAACGAUAACACGUGUGGAAUUGCAUCAAAUAGUGAUGGAAAUUCAAGUGGUUGGACGGUAACACCUUAUCUAAAUGAAUUUAAAGUAUCGUCGACUUCAACGGUUGAUUCACUGUCACGUUUAUUAACUAUAAAACGUAAUUAUUAUCCAUCAGUUGCGAAUGCUGAUAAAAUGGAAAUAUUAAUUCUGAAGUGUUGUAGUACAACACAAAGUGCCAGUGUUGAUCCCGCCUUUGCAAAUAUUAAAACAACAGCUAGAGUAAAUAUUUUGCUCCAACCACCUUUAGUUAUCAAUAAUGGUGAUAGUUUGCCUUCAGAUCAAAUAUUUCCCUAUCCUGAUCCUGCUUGGAUAGAAUUAUCACCUUGUCCUUGUGAUCUAACCAAAGAUACUUGUGAUCUUGGAUGUUCGUGUGACAAAUCCUGUCCAGUGAAUCAAUCAGCAGCUAUACUACCUGGUCUUUUUGGCGGUAAUUAUGACAUACCCAGCCAGCAUAGUUGUAAUUCAGUAUUCAAAACACCGGAGAAUCAAAGAAAUUUACUCGAUUUGAUCAACAGAGGCUUUACACGUCAACCAGCCUAUCAUCCACUUUUAUGCCUUACAACUAAUAAUACUUCUGUACUGGGAAAGUAUUAUAAGUCAUUGACACCAGCCAGCAGUUUAACCGGCUUUGUAAAAAAUGCAAAAAAUGCAAAAUUGGUUUAUCCAUCCGAUCAAGUGAUUGAUUCAGGAGCUAGAGAGAUGAUUGUUGAUCAAGGGACACAAAAAUAUCGUCUGUAUACUAACGGUGAUCCAUUGAAUUUAUUAUUAGAGUUAGUUGUUAUAACAUCGUCAAAUGAUCCACAAAUUGUUGUUAGUCCAUAUAAUGAUUAUUUAGUUCUACCCAGCGAUAUGAACUGUGAUUUAGAAUCGAAUAUGCCAGUGGAGUAUCUUUCUGAUCGUAGUGUCUACAGAUGUCCUAUACGUUUAUCAAGUACUCAGUGUCAAAAUGCUGUCAACACGAAGGAAAAUAUAGGCAGUGGUUGGGGACCAAGAAAACUAUGGGAUCGUUUGUUUGCACGUGCCUACUUAAUUGAUGAUUUAGUAGUACCAAAGUAUUCUACACCAAUAUUUCGCUUACGUAUGAAUCGUUUACGUGAUAAUUUACCGGUACCAACAGAAGUGAACUACUUUUGUUUAAGUCAAAGUGAAGUACAAUAUUUUAUGAUUUCUACUCAGUCAACCAUCAGUGUAGACCAGACUGGUUUUUUCAAUCAUAAUUGUACCUAUAAUGAAAUUACCAAGUUGACCACGUGUAUUCCAUCGAAAACUAUCAGUACAACAACCAGUUUAACACCAAGUAUUUGUAAUUGGCAUAACAGUUUCACUUUUCCACCGGAUGUCAGCUAUUCAAAUAAUAUAUGUAAUAAUGUUGUAUUAAAAGUGGAUUAUAAGUUUGUUUAUUCUAACGGGAGCAUAGCAAAAGCGAUAGCUCAAGUCUAUUUAGCUAAUCUACCUGUAACAACAUCAGAAGUUACUUAUUAUCAAGAAUAUUCUGUUAAAUUUAUACAUACUACUGAAGUAGACAAUGAAGUGAGUACAAAAUUACCAUCACAUUUAUAUGGCUAUGAAAUGGACGAUCUCUUGGUUGUUGGCAAAGUGACAUCUUCAGCUACACAACGUUUUCUUGUUCAAACUGACAACGAAACUAAUAUUCUGUCUGGUACUGUUAAGGCAGGUGUCGAUAUGCUUUGUGAUAAUGCAGUGAAAGAUCAAUUUAAAUUUGGGAUAAAUGUAGUCAGUUCCUGUCGUGUUCUACUUGGUCUAAGUGAUUUUGCGAAUUGUGACAAAUUAAGAAGUUUAAUAAUCCUAGAUUGA